GUUAUGCUUCGAUGAUAAACAUGUUUCUGCGAAAAGGAUUCGUAUGACGUGAUUUUCUGACAGAAAUGUUGUCAUUGAUCAAAACCACAAGUCUCUGAAAAGCUGUCCAUCCAGUGAUCUUCCUGGAUGCAAGCUCUGGUGAGGCGUAUACGACGUCACAGACAUCGCAAUAGCCUGGAUGUAGCGUCGUAUCUCAGGCUCAACGAGGGGAGUGACGAUAACAUUACGGAGAGCGCCAUGAACAACUUCUCCCCGGACAAGCUUGAAGAGAUUCGGCAACAGAUGUCGCUUCAUCGCAAUAACCUGCUCUGUGCUUGCAGGUUGUCAAUAAGACGGUUUGUUGAGAAGGCCCACUCGGAAGGCGUGGACGAUUCCUGUGCAGAGUUUAAGAAUCUUGCCACAAUCUUAGAACAUAUUCUCAGUCAUCGACUCAAAGGUCAGGUGACUUGGUUCGGACUUGAAGAAUCAAGGGAAUUCUGGGAUUUUAUCAGUGCCAUAUGCGGCUCUCUACCUCACAACUGUUUGGACAGCAUAGCUACAAUGGAAGAGGCAAAGUCCGCUAAAGCCAAGGGCAGAGCCUGGAUCAGGUCAGCUUUGAUGGAGAAACGGUUAGCAGAAUACAUCCAACACACUCUAAAAGAUGAGAAAGGGUUAAAAGCUUUCUUCGGUGAAGGUGCCUUUAUGCGGAGUGCUGAAGCCAGGGUGGUCGGCAAGGAAUUGGAGAAAUUAAACACAAUUGAUUUCAGUUCAUGUCUGAAAGGCGAGAAACUAGAGACUGGUGUUGCCCAUGUCAUCGACUACGCAUCCUAUUUGCAGAUCCUCCUCAGAGAUUCCGAUUUGGAAGACAGUACUGACAGCAUGCAGAGCUCGGCAUCAAUAAUGACGGAACACAACAGCGUCGGCGGCCACGGGGAAAGGCAGAGUCUAAACGCUGCGUAUAACACUGUCGAUUAUAAAUACAGCAAACUGCAAGAGCAGUAUCGCGUUGUGUGCGCACAGAAAGACUAUAUGGAGGGUUUAGUCCAAGAGAGAGAUCACCAUUUAGCAGGGAGUCAGAUUGAGUGUAAACAUCUUCAAAGAGCUCUCAAGCAAGCUGACGAGAUGGCUAGGCAUGAACACCAACAACUACAGAAGACGAUCAUUCAACUACAGGCUAAAAUAACUCAUUUGGAGGAAGCCAGACACAUGUCUCGUCGUGGUCUGGAGGAGCAUUUGAUUGCGGGUCAGUGGAGCCCACCAGUAUCUGCCUCAUCGAUGGUCACUUCAUCCCAACCUUGCCUGCCUCGUCGUUCAGAGUCCAUCUCUCUGGAGAAUCUUCAUGUUACUGUUCCUAACGAGCUGCCUUCACCAGAUGGAGAAAGUGUGCAGAGUUUGGAUCCAUCGAUCGGUGCUCCACCGUGCGACAGUCCAACAUCGGGUACUUCCAGUGCAUCAUUAUACAACCGCUCUGACAGUGAUAAGGGCUUGGCAUUUAUUACAGGUCAAAGGUCGAUGGCGAAAGACAAAGAAGAAACGCAGAGUCUGAUCCCUUUGGCUGGCUCCUUCACAUCUCAAAUGAGUGUUCGAUCGACAGAAACCAACAGUUCUGGCAUGCUUGAUUCUGAUACCCACCUUCCUUUUCUCUAUCAGGCGCGUCCGUUAUCCCCAGGCUCUACAAGCUCAGAUUCCUGCGUCUCAGCCGAUGUCAACCACCCACUGGUCGUAUCAUAGUCUGUUCUAACUUUAAAAAAGACGCCUCAUAGAUUUAUCUAAGAUAUAAUCUUAAAGAUUAUUUAAUAAUACCACAAAACUCACAAGUAUUUUUUUUUGUGCAAUUGAUUGUUUGAUUGUUUGUUCGUACCGAGAGAGAAUGGGCUCCAUUGUUGUUUUUCGUUUCUUUGUUGAUUUUCCAGCAUUUGUUUGUUUUUUCCUGCCAUUGUUUGGAUGUCUGCAUCGUGCCUUUUGAAUAUGGUGCAAGAUGUGUUUGUCGUAUGUUCCACUCAGGUGGGAGGCGUCGGCAAACAGUUGGCUUGGGUGCCGUUGGCAAAACUGAACAGAUCGGUCUCAGCAUUUUUCAUUAAGUUAUCGGAUGUUAAAUUGGCAUCAGUGAUAAAGAAUAUUAUUUGUUUUUACCCAUACACUGAAGUGUGUAGGCACUGUAUAUUCACUACUUUCCCCGAGUUCUGUGGAAAAAAAAUCCCUAGCACAUUGAUUGGAUGGAACAUAUUAUGCUCUAGAAUGGCAAAGGUCAUUGGUUCGAAUCCCUACCGAGUGAGAUGCCUGUGAAUUUGUCUUUCACAGAAAUUGGAAAAGAAUAUACAGUGCUUACACACAUCGGUGUAAGUGGGUAAAACUAGAUUACUGGUACCGGUAUAUGAAAAUGAAUAUGUUUAUCGGCAGGUGUCGAGCAGGUCUUGUUCAUGUUUAAGAGAGCAAGGCCAUUUUCGUUUUGAAAAGGACUCUUCCAUUUGAAAAUCUUGUCUGUGAGAGGUUUUGAUGGGGCACCAAGGCCAAGCCCAUAGGCAAUGCCCUGCAUGGCCUCUGUAAAAUAUAAGGCUUGGUCGAGUAAAGAAAACCAGUUGUUGCUGGACUCAAACCUGUGACCUCUUUUACAUUGUAUGGAUGGGAACGAGUGUUCUCCCACCUGUGCUAACCAGCCUUUAUGUUUGUGAGCAAUCCUCUAUUACUCAAUGGGUCAGGUCAUAAAGUCUAGAUAUUUAGCCUACAUUGCUAUUACCUCCAUAGAGAAACAUCAGGCCAGUUUGUAUAGAAAGUCUGUAAAUCUUAAGUAAACAAAGCACCUUCAAGUUUUUCACUCCUGACCAAUAGAAAACUGCCACUUAUUUUUCCAGAUGUGUAAUUUGUAUGAUCCCCCUAUAUAGGAACGAUGCUUGCCUACUACUACAUCAUUGUGUUGGUGCAAAUAAUUGUACAUUGUUUCUCCUAAAGUAACACUUCUGUUAUGCACAAGUUUGAUUUCAUCAAAGUACACACAAAACAAGUAUGCUCCAAUAUUUUGCUUUUGUACUUCACAUCUCUAUUAACUUUUACUUCUCUUUUGUUUUCAUCUCAAAGCGCAUAGGGACUUCUCUGUGAUUGUGAUUACGCUCUACAAAAAUGAUUUGUUAUUGCAUGGAGCAUUUUCAUGAACAUACUACUUUGUUGCAAAAGCAAGAAAACUUAUGAGAUUGGUGGUCUAGUUCAGUGUAGUUGGUAAGACACAGCUCUAGAAUUUCAAAGGUUGUGGGUUCAAUUCCCACUCGAGUACUAUUCACAGGUCUCAGGACAGUACUGAGUAUACAGUGCUUUCACACUUCAGGGUAAGGGUAAAAU